CAACCAUAUUGGUUAAAUUAACCAAAGUGAAGCGCAAAACCCUAAACCUGCAGCCCUUAUUCGCCGGGAAACUCAAUCGGCGGCGUAAACCCAUUUUCCGGUGACCGCAAUUCUCUGAAGCGAUCAAGUAGCCGGCCCAAGAUAAACUCUCAAUCUGAUAUCAUCGUUGAAUCCCUCUCAGUUCUUUCGGCAGAAGUCGUAGUAAAUUUCCCAAAUCGAACGGCAAUGGCGGAUUCGAUUUUCAGGAAGCUAAGGGAUGGCGGCGAAGAGGGCGAGCUCGCUCCAGCUCUCACCAUCGAGGACACCGUAGCUUCGCCCUUCGGGCUCGACGUGUUCUCCCACUUGGUCGAAUGUCUCUCCUCCGCGAUUUUGGCGGGGAAAUCCAAUUCGCAGGGUCUGGUGUUGAUCACAUUCUCGCGGAGCCCUAGUUUCUAUCUGAAGUUGUUGAAGCGAAAAGGGAUCGAAGUCUCUUCAUCUUCUAAAUGGAUUCAUAUUUUGGAUUGUUAUACUGAUCCACUAGGCUGGAAGGAUCAGCUACCGGCUAUUCCUCGAGAAGGUUCAAGCUUCAUCACGUUGUACAAACCUGUGAGUGAUGUGAGAAGGCUUUUUUCUUCAAUCGCUGAAGUUGGCAGAGAGUUGGUUGGAGAUGGAAAGACACGUUUCUGUGUUGCAAUAGAUUCGGUUAAUGAGCUGUUAAGAAAUUCAUCCAUGCCAUCAGUUGCUGGUCUUUUAACAGAUCUCCGGAGCCAUGCACAAGUUUCCAGUAUCUUUUGGUCAUUAAACACUGUCCUUCAUGAAGCAAGAGCCACAAGUGCCCUUGAAUAUAUAUCAACCAUGGUGGCCAAUUUAGAACCAUUAUGUCCAACUUCGGAUGGGCAGACAGGUAGUUUGAAAAAUCUUGCGUUGCUUCAUCAGGAUUUUGGCAAAGGAAGGUUCCAUAUCCGGUUUAAGCUUAGAAAGGGACGUGUCAAGAUCAUGUCUGAAGAAUUUUCAGUGGAUCAGCUUGGGAUAAAGUUUUCACCUAUUUCUUCCAAGGAUGUCAUAACUGCAGCCACUAACAGCCUUUUGCCUAAGGUCCAGUUUAACCUGCAGUUGUCUGAGAAAGAAAGAGCCGAGAAAGAAAAGGUUGUACUUCCUUUUGAGCACCAAGGUGAUGGAAAACCGAUACAGAUUUAUGAUGGGCGGAGAACUCUUGAAGAAAGCAAGACCCAGCCAACAUCAGAGUUGUCAGGAAAGUCCAUGACAAGCGAGUUUUCGACUGGAAAAGGCGGAGAGAUCAUAUAUUUCAGAGAUUCAGACGAUGAGAAUCCGGAUUCUGAUGAAGACCCAGAUGAUGAUUUAGACAUAUAAAACCCAACAUCACAUCCAAAUCCCAGUAUGUUUUUCUCUUGGAUGAUUAGAACACCAAUCUGAUUUUCAAGCCAACGUUGUGAAGCAUUAGGUAUUUGAUUGGUAGGGUUUUUGCCGUUAUGAUUUGUAAUUUUGGUUGGUGGUUAGAUUUAUGCAACUUCCAAUGUACAGAGGAUCUAUCUCUAUGUAGUUUUAUGUUCUGUACACUUCACUUGAAAGUGUUUUCUAUUAGAGGUCCUGGCGAUUUUGUCCGCAAGGAAUCCAAGUUAUUUUCUUA